AUGUCAGUUCAACCACCUCAAUCAGCAGCCAACCCAGUUGUACCUGCUCCAGCUCCAACUUCUUCCGCCACCACAACCGCCGCCCCUCCCGCACCUUCGUCGAGCGGAUACACAAUCCACGUCAGUGGAUUGGCCACUGAGACUACAGAAGAUAAAUUACACGACUUCUUCUCUUUCUGUGGUAAAUUGGUUUCUGUAAAGAAAUCAGGUUCAGAAGCAGAUAUCACUUUUGAGAAAUUAAGUGCCAUGAGAACAAGUUUGAUGCUUAACGGUGGAACUCUCGACGGUGCCCACCUGGAAGUCACCUCUGCAUCAGAUGCUGAACCCAAGACAGCUUCCAUCCUUCCUACAGGUGCCACCGGAUCUACCGCUAUCGGAGCUACUGACGGUCACCCAAUCGGCCAAGAAGACAAACCCCGAGCUGCCAUCGUUGCGGAGUACCUCGCUCACGGUUAUGCUCUCGGAGAUAACAUUGUUCAAAAAGCCAUUGAUAUCGACAACAAACAAGGUAUCUCAUCUCGAUUCCUUUCAUUCUUCAACUCCCUUGACUCCACUGUCGGUUCCAAGGUCGUUGGCGAGAACAAGACUGUCACCGGUAAAAUCAACGAAACCGCCGCUGCUGGUGUAGCCAAAGCUAGAGAAGUUGAUCAACACAGAGGUUUCACCGCUAGAUUCCACGAUUAUUACGCCAAAGUUUUCGGCACUCCCAUCGGGCAGAAGGUUGUACAGUUCUACACCACUACUCAAAAACAAGUUUUGGACGUUCACGAAGAAGCUAAGCGAAUUGCUGACGAGAAGAAGAGAAGCUCAGGAACCUCAACUCCUAUUCCCCCUGUUACCGCUACUGCCGACGAGCCUGGAGCUGGUGCAGGUCUCGCUCAAGCUGAAGCCAACGCCAACGCCACUACCGUCCCUGCCCACGGUGCCGUCGCUCUUGGUCCUUAG